AUGCCAAUUCAGGAUCAACAGCAUAGCCUUAGCCGUCAGGAAUUAAUCCGCGCUAUUGAAGAAGUAGAUACAAAGCCUAAUCAAGUUCAACUAAUCCUGAAAAACCAUUCGAAACUUAUUCAAGAAUAUGGAGAUGAUCUGUUGACUAUUGUUAUGCGUCGUUGUGACAUUACUACGUCAGCAGGCAGUGAAUGUAAGCUUCUCACACUGAAUAUUUACUGGAAAGUUCUACUUUCUAUCCUUACAAAUUCUCAUGUUUCACAGUCGGUCUAUGAGAUGGGUGCGUCGUUCAUGCUGGAUCAACUUCAUCAUGGUGUUUUUUCACACAAUUGGACUGAUUCGAAGAUGAUAAAACUCGCAACAUUUUUUGCGUCUCAUAUUGUCUUUACGGCAAAGGCACAUCCUAAAUAUUUCCUCUGCGCCAGCGAAUAUGCUCUCGUGCGACGUGUAGUGUGUCUCUUUGUUUCCAUAUCCUUUACAAUUGCAAGCAGUGAGCUAGAUGAUGACAACCUGAGACCUCUGUUCGAUAAUGUUUUGUUACGAUUGAAAACUCUAUUAGAAUAUCUAGGUUCAGCUUCCAUUACCAUGGAGGAAGGAACUAGCGAAUAUUCACUGAGCGGAGUGACAAUAAAGGAAAUAGACGCUGUUGCAUCAUUUAACAACAGACGUUACGUUGAUUUAUUGUAUCAAUGCAUUUCCGAGGUCGAUGUGGCUGAGAUGAUGGAAGCUGCCGGAGGCGACAGCAGUUUUGUUUCCAUGGUUGUUGCUACUGCUUCUUUAGCAUGUUUUCUUAGUACAGCCUGUGGCUUACUUCAAAAACUCACACUGACACACACAGCUGUGCCGCGCCGCUGCCCUCAGCUUCUGUUGAGUGCGCUUAUCCAGUGGAUGCCGUCUGUUUCCCUUGAUCUCCAAGAAUCCUUACUUAAAACAGAGGAUCCCAAGGUUAGUUACGGAACUAGUUGCUCGUUAAAGACAUCACUAGCAUCAAUACCUUCGCAUUUUGAUCAGAAAGAAAUGUGUUUACUGAGUCGCAUCAAGGAGCUGGCUGACUAUCUGCCUUUGUCUGCGCUAUGGCAAACAAACUGUUCCCAUCUUGAGAACACUGCCGACUCGUUCUGUGUAAAGCGGGAUCAUACUGGAACACUGCGUGAGCAAUGGGUGCAUAGAGCGAUGGAAGUUUUAUAUAUUGCCCUGCCUAACAGUGACCAGAUUGAUAGCGUUGAAGAGGAAACAGACAACACAUCCUUUGUCCUUACUUGUGUGCUUAUGGGUCUUGCUACACCAUAUUUCCAAAACACAACACUUAUGAUGGAGGCGUACUUGGGUCUCUUUUUACUGAUGAGCCGUGUGGAACGAUCUCAGUGUGUAGGUAUGAACCAGGACGAACCUGAACCAGGCCUAAAGGACGAAUACUGCGCAAAACAUCUUUCGAUGCUUCUUCAGAUAGGAUUAAUUGUCUUUAACGAAUGCUCACUUACUGUAUGCCGCAAAGGCGAACACACCAGUGAGGACCAAAGAUGUUGCUACAUAUACAGAAGUCGUUUACAGGCCUCAUUACUGGCACUCAUCGGGGCAGAAAGUGCUAUCCUCACUGGGUUGCCCCCAUCCGCUUUGGCAGUGCGCAUGGUACCGCACUUGAGGUCCCCGCUACUUCAUAUUUUUCCUAGCUUUUUUAGUUUAGCUGAUUAUUGUUUUUUUUCUUUAACUGACGAAUGCGGUCUUCAGAACAAUACCCAAUCUAAAACUGAAAUCUCAAUCGCAAUUAAAAGUGUCAACGAUGUGUUCAAGAAUUUAUUCAUAGACACAUCAAGCAACAACCAGCUUGACAGGAGUAAUUUAGUUUUUUUGAACGAGGAGUGCGUGAUCGCCCUACCUUUGGCGCUAUGUCACCUUCGAUUUGCCUUAGCUGUAGAACCUUUUAAUACACCCACUGAUGAGAAACUUGAACAGUACCACUCAGUACUUUCAUCGUUUCAAAGUAUGUUUGCUCGGUUGACCAAUGGAAUUCAGCAGAUUAUUACUGCUAUAAACGAGAAACCUAGUGAUGUAGGCAAUGUGGAUCCGAUAGCUUGCUUUUUAUUAAUGUCGUCGCUUCUUCGUGAGGCGGCUUAUUUCCCGCUGGACGCAUCAUGUGAUAAAGUACUCGUUGCGUGUAUUCGACGGUGGGUAGACUUGAGCCUGCAGCUCGCAUCUUGCUCAUUGGUACAAUUACAACCUGCCUUCUCAGAGUUUCUUCAGUACCACGCGGCUAGAAGCCUCUUUUUUUUUAUGGAAUGCAAUACAUAUGUUCCAAUAGAGCAGCUUAACCUUUCAGAAACAGCCGCUACAUUCAUAAUGCGUUUCUUACAGUCACAGGAAGAUAAGGGUAAACAAAUGUGUUUUCCUCCCCAUAUCAGUGAUGGCGAGGUGAAUAAGCGUUUCUUGAAAGCAUACGUUCAGUGCUUUGAACAAAGUCGAGAAUGGCAGACUGUUUGUAAUUUCUAUAAUCAUGAGCAAGCACCUGACUCCGCUGAUUGUAUCUCAACAGACAACUCUGGUGUUUCAACUCUUUUAGCGAGCAUGCAGCAGUGUCAAGCAUCACUAUGUCGGUUACUUCGUGAACAACGUGAUACCUGUGAAGAUAUUAACAAUGAGGAAGUUUCAUUUCUCCAUCUCACUGAAAAGCAAAUGUACUCAGGUGACAACCAAAAACUCAUUGGGAGCACAGAGAACUCUGUUACCAACCGAUUUAGGCCCAAGGAAGCCCUUGAUCUAUCGUUGCGCUUGCGAGAAUUACUUCGUGUAGGCCACAUCGUUGACACCAUGUUAUUUCGGACGGCCCGACGAGAGGGCAAUAAAAUAGUUGAAAGCAGCAACGUGCCAUCACCAACUGGUUCAACAAAUAUUACCUCAUCUUUGUUGUCGCUUUCUGUGGAAGUCAUUUCAUCUGGUCAUGCUUCUACACAGAACUCUUUAGGAAAUACUGUCGAUAUACAAGGUUAG